AAGGAUUGAAUCCAGGGACUUGGGCGCAUGUGCUCUACCACUGAACUACACCUACAUCCCCAGCCAAGAGUAAAUAUCAGUGACUACUAUAUGUGCUUGCUUACUUAUAAGUGAACAUUGUUGCCUCUAGCAUCAGUGGUCCCACCAGGAGGAGUAGAAUGUCUGAUUCAGUGGAGUCAACUCCCUUGCCUUCAAUCAAAGAUCGUCUGGCUGUCCUAUGCCCUUCUCAGGAGCUUCUGGAAUAUUAUCAAAAGAAGAUGGCUGACUGUGAUGCAGAAAAUGAGGACCUAUUAAAGAAACUGGAACUGUACAAAGAAAUCUGCGAAGGACAGCAUAAACUUGAAUGGGAUUUGCAGCAGAGGGAGGAAGAGAUUGCUGAAUUGCAGAAAGCUCUGAGUGAUAUGCAGGUCUGUCUCUUCCAAGAACGGGAACAUGUUUUACGCCUCUACUCUGAAAAUGACCGACUGAGAAUCAGAGAACUAGAAGACAAGAAAAAGAUUCAGAAUCUCUUGGCUGUUGUGGGAAUGAACACUGGAGAAGUGACCUAUUUUUAUAAGGAACCUCCCCACAAAGUCAGCAUUCUUCAAAAGACUAUCCAGGCUAUAGGUGUAUGUGAACAGAAUGAGUCUUCAGCUCCCAAACCAGAUUCUAAAGUAAACAAAAAAGGAUCAGCAAUAAGAGAAAAGGAAUACAGUUCUGAACAUUACCAGGGAGACAUAGAAACACUCAUCUUACAGGUGGAAGCACUGCAGGUGCAGCUGGGAGAACAGACCAAGCUUUCUAGAGAACAAGUUGAAGGUCUUAUGGAGGACAGACGGAUUCGCAUCGAGGAAAUACAAGUUCAGCACCAGAGAAAUCAGGACAAAAUUAAAGAACUAACCAAAAGUCUCCAUCAUACACAAGAAUUGCUCUAUGAGAGCACCAAAAACUUUUUGAAACUGAGAUUUGAAAACCAAACUAAAGAGAAGACAUGGAUGCUUGAAAAAGAUCAGUUGAUGUCAAAGAUGAAGCAGUAUAGGGUGCAGUAUAAGAAGAAAGAUGAUAAAAUUGGAAAAGUUAUGCCAGUUUUACAUGACAAUCAUCAUACCCAAAAUGAAUAUAUUAAGUCCCUAAAAGAUAAAUUGGCACAAGAGAAAAAACUGUCCAACAUGUACCAAGAGCAGUGCAUUGCUCUAGAAGAAGAACUUGCCAGAAUUCGAGAGGAGGAGGCAAUGAGGAGAGAGAUCUUCAAGGAUCGCUCUAACAAGAUGGGGAAGCGUUUACAGAUCAUGACAAAACGCUAUGAGGCCUUAGAGCAUCGACGUAUGUUGGAAGUAGAAGGAUUUAAGACAGAUAUCAAGGUUCUCCGACAGAGACUGAAAGACUUGGAACAAUUGCUCUAUAAGGCAACGAUUAAUGCCCGCGCAAACCAGGACCUUGCCAUUCUGUGUGAGGUCCGGGACAGCAAUAGACGAGCACACAAGAUACAAGGAGAAUUGAAGAGUAUCAAAUCCAAAGUGUUUGGUCUGGAGAAUGAACUUAGGCUCUGUUGAUGUCUACUUUCAUAGGAGUCAGCUUCCUGAAACCUGAGCAAAAGGUCAUCUGCUCCCAGGAAGUAUAGACCUACAGUUGAAUGGAGUAGUGGUAUCCAUUUUUAUAAAGAAAAAGUGAUGAAUCAGGGCACUAAAAAGCUUAUCUUGCAUGCUAACCCUUAUUUGUAAUUUUCACUGUCCUGUUAACCUUUGGGGAGUCUGAAUUAUAGUCUGAAUUACUCAGGCUUUCCCACAUUAUUUCUCCUGUUUGUUUUAACAGGUUUUUGUUUUUUAAGACAAAGAAGAAAACUUAGAAGAAAUUUUUUUUUGCUAAGAAUUUGGCUGAGUGUCAUUGAGAAGAACACUUUUUCUAAAGGAAUAAAGACAUUCAUUAAGGUUGCCUUCCUCUUAGGCAGAGAAGGCAGCAGCACUAGGCAAAUUUGCACUAUUUAGCUAUGGAACAUUUCCAUCAUGAAUGUGUCCUGAAUUACCACCAGAGGGCACUACCGAUCCUACUUGUAAGCAAAUGAUUCUAGAAACUGAAAUGAUCCUUUAUGGAAAGUUUGACAUUGUAUCAGUAACAUGUUUUUAAAAUAAUGUAUAUAUUUCAAAUUAACUAUUUUCAAUUAAAAAAAUAAAAAAAAUUUUGAGUUUUCUAUAUGUCUUGUUAAAACCAUUUUCAUAUUUUGUUAAUGACUCAUUUAUCUCAAAAUUGCUUUCUUGUUCCAUGGUCUUCACAGUUUUGUACAAGUAUACAAGUUUUUCCAAAUUGAAUCCCUUGAAAUCAUCUGGUAUUAGAGGUAGCAAGACUAGUACAAGAGCAAUGACACUAAAACUUUGUCCUUUUUUUUCUUUUUUGAACCAAGUGUUGAACUCAAGGAUGCUUAACCACUGAGCCACAUCCCAGCCCUUAUUUUGAGAGAGGGUCUCACCAAGUUGCUUAGGGCCUUGCUAAGUUGCUGAAGCUGGUUUUGAACUUGUGAUUGUCUUGCCUCAACCUCCUGAGCUACUAGGAUUACAGGAAUGCACCACCAUGCCUGGCAACUUUACCCAUUUUUAGCCAACUUACUGUGUACUUUAAAAGAGUGAAUUUCAUGGUAUGUGAGUUAUAUGUCAGUUUUUAAAGAUAUAUAUACAUGAUUACUUCUUGGUCUGGUGCCUAGCAUAUAGUAAACAUUCUGUUACAGUUAAAUAUUAUCAAUAUUUUGGCUUUAAUUGAAUUUCUGCAGUUGUUUACCAUUGUCAUUCAGAUUACAAGAUGUAGUUAAUUAAUAACAUUCAUUCCUUCAUUCAAAAUUUUAAGCCAGGCAUGGUGGUGCACGCCUGUAAUCCUUGUCUCAGAAAAGCCCACUGGUAGAGCACCCUUUGGUUAAAUCCCCUGUACCACAAAAAAAUAAAAUAAAUAAAUAAAUAAAUAAAUUUUGGCACUAGAAAUGUGCUGGUUCUUUUGUAUAAAAACACUAAAACUGGACAUGGUGGUACAUGCACACAUCUAUAAUGCCAACAACAGCAACUUAGUGAGACCCAGUCUCAAAAUUUUAAAAAGGACUGGAGAUAUAGCUCUGUGGUAAAGCCACCCCUAGGUUAAAUUCCUAGUACAAAAAAUAAAUAAAUAAAGAUAAAAACACUGAUAUAGUCUUUGUUCUCCAAAGGUUGGUAGGAAUGGUAAAAAGAAAAAUCUCAAGUUAGUAAUAAGUGAAAUGGGCUGGGUUCGUGGCUCAGUGGUAGAGCGCUCACCUGGCACUAGCUUCCAUCCUUAGCACCACAUAAAAAUAAAUAAACAAAAUAAAGGUAUUGUAUCCAUCUACAACUAAAAAAACAUAAUUAGAAAAAACCGUACUGAAUGAAGUGCAGUGGUAUGGGUACACGGGAUAGAAGCAACAGAGAAGAUGACUCGAGGUAUCUUUGAGCAGAAUAUUUCUUUUGUUUUGCUUUUUUGUUGUUGUUUUGUACUGAGGUUUGAACCCAGGGGCACCGAACUAAAUCCCCUGUUCUUUUAAUUUUUUAGUUUAAAACAUGGUCUCCCUGUUGCUGAGGCUGACCUCAAAUUUACAAUCCUGCCUCCACCUCCCAAGUUGCUGGGAUUAUAGGUGUGUGCCACCAUGCCUUGUUCAAGCAGAAUCUUAAAGGUGAAUAUAAGGCCAGUUGUGUUGCACACUUGUAGCGACUGAGGAGUCUGAGGCAGAGGAUCACAAGUUCAAAGCUAGCCUUAGCAACUUAGCAAAGCCCUAAGCAACUCAGCAAGACCCUGUCUCAAAAUAUUUCUUUAAAAAGUCUGGGUACGUGACUCAGUGAUUAGGUGCCCUGUAAGGAUCAGAAGUUCAAAGCCAGCCUUAGCAACUUAGACCCUAAACCACUUAGUGAGACCCUGUCUCAAAAUAAAAUAAAAAAAGGACUGGGGAUGUGGCUCAGUGGUUAAGCACCCCUGGGUUCAAUCCCUGGUACCAAAAAAAAAAAAAAGGUGAAUUCAAACCAGAUGUGUGGUGCACUCUGUAACCCAAGCUACUUGGGAGGCUGAAGCUGGAGGAUCACAAGUUCAAGGUCAGGCUGGGCAACUUAGGGAGACCAUGUCUCAAAAUUAAUAAAAGAAAGAGCUGUGGAUGUAGCCCAGUGUUAGAGUACUCCUGGAUUCUAUCCCCAGUAACCAAAAAAAAUAAAUAAAUAAAAGUGAAUUCAGAAUCAAGCUGAACAUUGUAGAUAGAGGAGUAAUGUGCAAAGGCAUGAAAGAACAGAAUGGAGAACUGCAAGUCAAAUACAAGAGAAAAGAUGCAAUGUACAUGAGAAAUUAUAUGAAAUUUCAUUAAAUCACAAUUAUGCAAUUCUUAAAUUCAAGACAUUUUGAAUCAAGUGAAAACAUUUGGAUUUACUUUAAAAUAGGGUGGGGAGCCAGUCACGGUGGUAUGUGCCUGUAGUACCCACAACUAGGAGACUGAGGUAGGAGGAUGACUUGAAUCCAAGAGUUUGAGUCUGGUCUGGGCAACAUAGCAAGACCUGUCUCAGAAAACAAAACUGCAACACAAAAGGAGCAAAAAAUUGGUGAAAAGUAACCAAAAUCUGAAAGACUUGGUGAUAUCAAUUCAUGUGUGAAAAAACUUGAAAUGCAAGCUCACUUUUUUAAAAAAUUAGGGAUGAACAAGAAGCAUCAUGCAGUAAAUCUCUGAGAUGUUUAUUUCCUGGGAAUUCUUUGUACUGCAAACCAGAGUAAUGUAUAAUCACUACCAGGAUUUAUUGCUGUAUCUGUAGGAAUAAUGCAAAGGAUGAUACAAAAGAUCUUUUGAAAACAGCCAUCAGUGUCAUCUGCUUU